AUGAUGAUGAUGUUUGAGGAGAUUGGAUUUUGUAAUGAGUUGGAUACGAUGUCUACUGUACUUGGGGAAGAGGAUAUCACCGCCCGGCAAACUGAUCCAGAGGCGAUAGUUGAGGAUGAUUUCAGUGAUGAAGAAAUUGGAGUAGAGGAACUUGAAAGGAGGAUGUGGAAGGACAAAAUGCGUCACAAGCGACUGAAGGAACAAAGUAAAUCUAAGGAAGGAAUUGAUGCAGUGAAGCAAAGACAGUCGCAAGAACAGGCAAGAAGGAAAAAGAUGUCCAGGGCUCAAGAUGGAAUCUUGAAGUACAUGCUGAAGAUGAUGGAGGUUUGUAAGGCCCAAGGAUUUGUUUAUGGGAUAAUUCCGGAGAAGGGGAAACCAGUUACUGGAGCAUCUGAUAAUCUGCGUGAAUGGUGGAAGGAUAAGGUCAGAUUCGAUCGAAAUGGUCCAGCUGCCAUAGCCAAGUACCAAGCUGAUAACGCUAUCCCUGGGAGGAAUGAUGGGUGCAAUUCAAUUGGUCCAACUCCACAUACCUUGCAAGAGCUGCAGGACACAACGUUGGGUUCUCUCUUAUCAGCACUCAUGCAACACUGUGAUCCUCCUCAGAGGCGGUUUCCCUUGGAAAAGGGUAUUCCUCCACCAUGGUGGCCUUCAGGAAAUGAAGAGUGGUGGCCUCAAAUUGGUUUACCUAAAGAUCAAAGUCCCCCUCCUUACAAGAAACCCCAUGACCUAAAGAAGGCAUGGAAAGUUGGUGUUUUGACUGCAGUUAUCAAGCAUAUGUCCCCAGAUAUUGCCAAAAUUCGCAAGCUUGUGAGACAGUCUAAGUGCCUCCAAGAUAAGAUGACAGCCAAGGAGAGUGCAACCUGGCUGGCAAUCAUCAAUCAAGAGGAGGCCUUGGCAAGAGAGCUUUACCCUGAUUAUAUCCCUCCAUUAGCCUCAGCUGGAGGUAGUGGAUCUUUGGUUAUCAAUGAUAGCAAUGAGUAUGAUGUUGAAGGGCGUGAGGAUGAGCCUAACUUUGAUGUGGAAGACAGGAAACAUGAGAAUCUUCACACACCCAAUCUUGGGAUGGAGAGAAUGAGGGGAACCGUGCCAGUUCAGCAGCCCUCUUUUUCAAUCAAGGGAGAGGCUGUUACAAAUUUGGAUUUAAUUAGGAAAAGGAAGGUUUCUAAUGGCUUCAAUAUGGAUGCGAAGAAUUACACAUGCGAACACCCUCAGUGCCCUUAUAGUCAAGUUCGACUUGGUUUCCCUGACAGAAUUUCUAGGGACAAUCAUCAGUUGAUUUGUGCAUAUAGCGGUACUUCAGAUUUUGGGGGUCCAAAUUUUCAUGUAAAUGAGGUAAAGCCAGUCAUAUACCCCCAGUCCUUUGUUCAACCAAAGUCUACUACUCAGUCUGCUAACAUGGUCCCGCCUGUAAUUGAUCUUACCGGACUUGAAGUUUCAGAAGAUGGUCAGAAAAUUAUCAGUGACCUUAUGACUAACUAUGAAACAAAUGUUCAAAACAACAAGAACUUAAGUUCGUGUAAUCACAUGGCUGCGGAGAAUUCCUGCCUUCCUCAGCAUGGCAUGCAGCAGCAGUCACAGGACAACUUCAUUCGUGGGCAAGGAAUCACUAUGGAAGGAAACAUCUUUGAUGAGCCCAACAUGUCCAAUAAUCAUCACAUGUUUGCAAGAGAAGAAGGCCAAUUUGACCGGUUCAAAGCAAUGAAUGCUCCCUUUGAGACCAAUCACAACAACAAUAACUUCAAUUCAAUUUUUGGGUCCUUUUGUGAUUUGGCAUCAUUUGACUUCAAGGAGAACAUGCAAGGAGUAGGGAUGGAUGCUCUUCAGAAACAACCAGAUUUCUCAAUAUGGUACCAGUGA